GUAAACAAACAUUGUUAUGCGCAGAAUAUAUGCGCAGAACGGACUUUACAUCAUCUUGAAACAAAUUAAACGAUGGCGAGUAUUCUUGAUGAGGGCUGUUAUUCUAAAAGAUACAAUGUUUUUAAGAGAUAUUGUAAACAGGGUAAAGAAGGACUCCAGAUGCUACAAACCUACUUGCCGAUUCGAAUCGAAAAAUUGAUUAAUUCAAGCGUUGAGAAACAACACGAGUUCAAGAUUCUUAGUGUUGGCAGUGGAACAGGAGAGAUGGAUUUGAAAUUUGUGGAAAUCCUCCUCGAAGAAUUGAAGAAGCACAGCUCUGAUGAUCAAAACACGACGAUAUAUCUGCGAGUGGUUGAACCGAAUUCAUCUUCGUGCAAACAAUUCAGCGACGCCGUAAAAGCACGUGGAGAUUUGCCAAUUCACAUCGACAUUCGAGCCCAAACCUUUGAUGAAUAUAUUCAAAAUGAGCAAAAUGCAAGCAUUGCAUUUGACAUUAUACACUUUAUUCACAGCAUUUACUUUAUUGAAGAGAAAAGAGCGAUUUCUUACUGUUUGGAAGAGAUAUUGAAAGAUCAGGGUUGUCUCUUUAUUAUGUAUUCUGACGAGGGAUUACUAAAGCAAAUAUCGCUUGAAAUUGCAGAGAGACGACCUAACGACAAGUUAAAGAACCUCGCUGAAAAAAAAGAGCCCAAAUUGAUUGAAAUCGUUAAGAAACGUGACUGGAAGUAUGAAGUACAUUCAUACCAAAAUUGUAUUGAUGUGUCUGAAAUCUUUGUAGGAUCAGAGAGUGGUGACCUGCUUCUGGACUUCAUAACCCAUGAAGUCGACUUUCGUAAGAAUGCCGAUGCAAGUUUGGUUGAUAGAGUUCUGGCAGUGAUAAAAAACACGAGCUUCGUGAAAGAUGGAAAACACCUUUGCAUGAAAACUGACACUCUGUUGGUCGUGCACAAAUAGAAUAUCGGAAUGAUGAUUUGCAAUAGAAGCGAAAUAUGACGAACUUGCACGUUCUUAUCUUGUUAUAACCUAUAUUUUAAACGGGCCGCCACUAUUGUUGAAAAAAUUGAGAUUUGAAUUUUUUGCAUGAAAUAUUAUGUCUUUAAAUAACGAACACUGACAUUUGUGUAACAUGUAUUUUGCAACACUUCAAAAUCAAUUGUAUUUCAUUCCCGGCCUCAUAUAAUCUAGCCUGCUCGCAGACUGAAUUAGGGGGCCGAUAAUCUUUCUUAAUUCUCCGAUUGCGUUUUGAGGACGAUAUUUACCAGUAUUGCACCACACAUUUACAUUCAAUAUACUGCACACUGGCUAUCAAUACUUCAUAAAGUGUGCAAUACCACGCGUAGAAUAGGCGCUGUUGUAUUCGUUUUUGAAACGCAUUUACCUCAGGAUUUUUUCAAGUUCUUUUUAAAGCUGCACUGACCAAUAACCAGCUCUCGUGAGUGUCACAGGUGAAGUCGUUGUGCGUCAUUAGAUACGCCAAUGCAUUUUAUGCAGUCUUUUCAUUCAUUAAUUUACAAAUUAAAGUAAGACUUCACAACAGACCUCACAUUCCCUGAAUUGGCUCAGCAUUGUGGUCAAAUUUCAGUUGUCACUAUCACAGUUUUAAUCGUAUUUUGAAACAGACCGAAAAACAAGAAGUAAUCUUGCAGCAAAUGCCACAUGAAUAAUGAAUAUUGUCGAGGCGGGCGAAGGCUAUGCCAAAAGACAGCACAUUUAUAAAAGAAGUUCUAAUCAAGACGAAGAAGUGCUCAAGAUGUUACAAACCCACAUUCCGAUUCGAAUCGAAAAGUUGAUUAAUUCAAGCGUUGAGAAGCAAUAGGAGUUGAAGAUUCUUAGUGUCGGAGGUGGAACAGGAGAGAUAGAUUUGAAAUUUGUGGAAAUCCUACUCGAGGAAUUGAAGAAACACAGCUCAGAUGAUCAAAACACGACGAUAUAUCUGCGAGUGGUUGAACCGAAUUCAUCUUCGUGUAUACAAUUCAGCGACGCCGUAGAAGCGCGUAGAGAUUUGCCAAUCCACAUCGACAUUCGAGCGCAAACUUUUCAAGAAUACAUUCAAAAUGAGCAAAACGCAAGCACCACAUUUGACAUAAUACAUUUUAUUCACAGCGUUUACUUCAUUGAAGAGAAGAAAGCGAUUUUGUACUGUUUGGAAAAGCAAUUGAAAGAUCAGGGUUGUCUCUUCUUCGUGUAUUCCGAUGACAUUAUAAUAAAGCAAGUGGCACUUAAA